GCUGAACAACAGAGGCGGCACGUUAGCACACGCAGACAGACACUCAGAAGAGACAUGGCCAUGAAGCAGUUGAUGAUCAUUUUGGUCGUAUGCGCACUGAGUGCCAGCAGAGUCGCCUCAGAUGUGUCUCAUCUUGUCAACCACGAGACCCACAGUCCGGCCAAUCCGUACGUGUUUAGCUAUCAGGCUGGACGGGCGCCUGGCCAUGUGGAUCGCCAGCAUACGGAGGUGUCCGACGGUUCGGGCGUCAUCCGCGGCGCUUUCUCCUACGUGGAUCCCAAGAACCAGGUGCGCACCGUCCAGUAUGUGGCCGAUGAGAACGGCUUCCACCCUCAGUUGAGCCACAAGCUGGAGGACAGUGCCGCCGUCAAGGCAGCCAAGCGCAGACACUUCGACGCGUAUAACCGCAUUGCACAAGAGCAUGCAAGCCACACGCCCGGCCAAGCGUCUCAAGCAGCUGCCCCACACGCUAGCGCCGCUGUGGCCCAUGCCACUCAGAAGCAUCUGAGUGACUUCGAGCGCAUCGCAGCAGAGCAUGCGGCCAUCGGAGCCCAGCAGGAGGCGCAGCGCCUGGCUCUAGCUGCCCAGUCGGAGCAUGGAGAGGUGGAGGAUGGACAGUAUCAUCCUUGAGCACUCUGCAAGUAUUAAAUAAAUUAAAAUGAAAUAAACUAUGGGCUCAAUGUA